UGUUUUGGCUUUUUAUUUUUUAAUGUCAUCACCAGCUGCUGUGUAUUUUGUCCUUACAAAAAGUUCAUUCAAGUAUAUGUAAUAGAGUGUUUAACACAGGUAGGUCACAGAAGCAGUGGAGCAAACUAGGAAUGAAAAAAGAUAAAUAUGUAGGUAAUAAUAUUUGCUGAUAGUGUAGUUAUUGUUAGCUGAUACAGCCUGAAGUUUUGCCAGUAAAAUAAAAAGAAAAAUCACAAAAAAUUCUGUAAGGAGUAUGUGAUGCUCUGCUAGUAAAUCACUAUUGUCUACAUGGUACUGAGAUAGUUGGUCAGUAUUUAAGAAGGAACUUUGAAUUAUUUACAUGAGCUUUCAGAUCCUCGGGAUUCUCAAGAACACACCUCGAUGUCAAUCAGGUAACUGAGGAAAAUGUGGACAAAACUCUAUAUAAAAACCACCCACAGUGACAGAUGCCCAGCACACCCUGUAUCUCCAGGAAAGAGAGAAAUGGGUACAAAAAUAAAUACUGGCAUUACUUUGUCUCAACACAACAAGUUCUUUUAAACCAGGCAGUUUUCUUCAGCAAAAGUGGAGUGGCUUAAAACUCAAAACCUCAUCUUUAUAAUUUACAAUUUUAAAUAGGGAGAAACACAACAGAUACCAAAUAAUGAGAAAGCAGUUAAUAAAACAAGCUAUGAAGUAGUUUUUAUCACACUUGUUCCAUGGAAGGACAGUCCUAUUAAAAAAUCACUGCAGGUGGCUUGUUAAUUAUUUGCCUAGUUUUUAACCAGAGAAGUAAUGAGAAGUUCUCCUCAACGUUAAAUGAAAAUGGUUCAAAAAACCAUGACACUACAAAUAAGAGCAUAAAUCACUUCAAAAUGUGUUAGAGGAAAACCUAUGCCACUGAUAAUGCAUAUGGUUGUGAGCCACAGAUACAUCUACAUACUAAUUUUGCAGCUGUAUUUGGAGAUUUUAAGAUCUCUGCACCAGGAAACGGCCAAAACCUUGACUUUCAGUUUGUUCUCAGAAAUCUUGGGAGCGCCCCGAGAACGGGGUCUGAAGCUGUUCACAAUGCAAUGUCGCGACAGAAAGCCCCAAAUCCUUCCGAAAUUCCCUUACUCUUGUUUUCCACCGCCCAGAGUAGAAAGCAGGCUGCUGUCCCUGGAGGCGCGGUUCGCACAGCUGGACUCCAGCCUGCAGACCCUGGCGCACGAGUUUGACCUGCAGGCGGAGAUGCUGGAGGAGGACCUGAGGCGGGAUGUGCCGUGGGCACCUGCGGCCAGGUGAGCUCAGCAGGGACCACACCACGGAGCAAAGCCAGGGAGCAAAGCCCGACGACCAAGCCCGCCCGGCCGGCCUUGGGCACUGUCGGGCACGAGGCGGCCACGGCUUCCCGGGCCUGCCUGUGCCGGCUCCUCACCACCCUCACAGGGAAGGAUUUAUUCCUAACAUCCCACCUAACGCAGCUCUCUCGCUGUGGGAAGCCAUUCCCGCCCGGCCUAUCACGACAGCCCAGCCCGCCUUCCCCCUGAGGGCCCGCGGCCUCUGUCUCCCAGCAGGCUCGGCGGAGCAGGUGGAAGAGGAGAAGGAGGAGACAGAAGAAGAGGAGGAGAAGAAGGAAGGAGAAAAGGAGAAGGAGGAGAAAAAGGAGGAGGAGGCGGAGCCCUCAGGCGGGCGGCGGGAACAGCCCCUGAGUGAGGGGCGGAGCGGAGCCGCCAUUGCGGGAGCCGCGGCCUUUCCCGGCCUCCGGAGCGUAUUGCUGGGCCAAGCGGAAAAAUCGUAUGAGGAGACAGAUGACCCCCACAGUUUCAAGUCAUACAAGAAGGCCCUGAUGUUGUCCUAGUGCUGUUCCUCUACCUCAAGCGUCGAGUCUCUUCCUGGGCACGGUACAAUACCCGCAGAAAUACUCUUAUCAACUGGGAGCUCUGGGAGAAGAUCCAGAAGAAUUACCCAGAGGAGUGCGAGCGCAGGAUGAACGGACAGGAUUUGGAUGAGGAAAUCUGUAUCCCCAAGCCGCAGCACCAGCUAAGCAAGCCUGGGGAGCUGAGGCAGGAAUAUGAAGCAGAGAUUAGUAAGGUGGAGGCAGAAAGGCGAGCGCACGAGCAGGAGGAGAACAAAGCGAGUGAGGAAUACAUCCAGCGGCUGCUGGCAGAGGAGGAGGAGGAGCACAGGCUGGCAGAAGAGAGACGGAAGGAGAUGGAGAAGCAGCUGAAGCAAGAUGAAGAGCUGGCCUGGCAGCUCAGUAACAGUCUGAAUGAGGAUCCUGAGGGACACGUGCCUGGCAGCCCAUCACCAGCACACAGCCUCUCCCUUCAGACAUCCCCGCUGAACCUGAGCAAGGCAAAGAACAAACCAAGCAACUCUGGAGACAUUCAGAAGUAUCUGUCUCCAAAAAAUUAUGGUAUGUUGGGAUCAGCAUCGUUCUCCAGUACCACAGGAAGAGGCGGGAGCAACUCUGUCUCUGGGGAGACCAACAGCAAUGAGGGCAGCAGUUCUGCAGUGCAGGAUGAGCAAGAGGAAAUGCCAACCCUGUCUCCACAGCUGACCAGUGUAAAUAACGAUUCUGGAGCUAAAGAUUCAUUUUUGGAAUCAUGCAUGAACUAUUUCAGUGCCUCAGCUUCAGGUGAAACUGCCACUGUCAAGCAGGAAAAAACACCAGGACCAAAUGGUUUAGAAGAUGGAGUUCCAGAUGCACUUCAUGGAACCACAGAAGGGGAAGGGUCUAGGACAGUUCUUCUUAGAUCCAAAGGAGAUGAUGAUGGAAUUGAGUCAGAGAGUGGCAAUUUGACACAUGUCCAAAGGGUAAACCUUGAAAAGUCUGAUGAAACUUCUACCUCUGGUCAGUUAGUAAUAAACUGUGUGAUGUCUGACAGCCAGACCACGUUGCAUGGUCUGGGGAAGGAGGCUGGACACUCAAAUGAAGAGACACUGGAGAGGCCACAGAACUCUAAGGAGACUCCCAAAAGGAAACUGGUGGAGGCCCCAGCUGAUGCCAUGAUUGACUUGGACAUGCUUGAUAAGAGGAGAAGAACCUUUUCAGAAAGUGUAGAAGAGCAAGGAGAGCAGAUGAAUGAUUUUAUCUUGCAGACACAAAGAGCCUUUGAGCAGGAGUUCUAUGAAAGGCGCAGGCAGGAGGAGCAGGACAGGCUCUUGGCUCUGCAGCUGCAGAAGGAGCUGGACAAGGAGGAAAGGACACUGAACCGACAGAAGGGCUCUCCAGAUGAGUAUCUGCUCCGCACCAAACCACCUUGGUCUGGAAAAGACUCUUCUGCCAGGAAGGGAAGCUCCAAGGUGGCAAAAGACUCAAAGGGAUCAAAAACACAGGCUGAAACCAAUCACCACAAGACUCGGAAAGGUUCCUGCAAUGAAAACUGGCAGUCCCCUGCCAGGGUCCGGGUGAAAUCCCCCAGCAUCAAGGAAGGAAAGGUUUUGAAUUGUGUGGUUAAUACCAGUGACACAAAUGAUAUUUGUUCACUGCCUAAGAACAAGCAGAAGACAAUCCUGCAGAUGUUUAAAAGUCCUGUUGCAGAGUAGAUCAGAGCCAUGGACAUGUGGUGGCAUAGGAAUGGGAACUGCGGUGAUGUUCUCCUGUGCUAGGCAAAGCUUCCCUAAGCAGUUUUGAGUGGUUGCUUUGGAGGGGAAUCACACUGGGCAGCAGUGCUGUGAGUUCUGAGAAGUUCUAGUAACAUAUACCCCCUGAAUGUAACAUUUUUAAAUUGUUCUUUUCUUGAUUAUUAUUUUCUAGCACUUGCAGCACUUCUUGCAGGAAUCGGAGCAUUUCUUAUUUUCUGACUUGCAUUUACAUGGUUUGGAGUGUGAAUACUGGUAAUGUUGGAGAACAAGGAUAACUGAUGGUCUGAUCUGAAAAUGAGAAUCCGAAGCCUUUAAUGGAAAAGAUGCACAUUCCAUGGAGGAAACAAAUGAAAAACAAGUCUGUAUUCCCAGCUGGCUGUCAGCUGCAAGGUUGAAGCUUCCCUUAGCACAACCACUGUUCUGUAAAUUGAAGCACGUUGAUGGAAUUUAGGCUGUUGCUGGAAUUGCAUUGUUGGCACACCCAUUAACACGAGUGUAAGCAGAAAGCCACUCUUUCCCUCUCAUAUGCUAGCCCCUCCCUCGGACAAAGAGGAAAGAAACAGGUCAUUCUCCACUGCCAAAGCCAAGGAUCUUUCAUGGAUGCCAAGGCUGUGGGCUCCCAUUCACCUCUGUUCACAGAGAUCCCUCCUGCAGAUCCCAUUUUCUCUAUUGUUAAGAACAAGAUACUUUUGUUUUCUUGUUGUUAAUGUCCUGUUAAUUGUACAUAUUAACGUACAAUUGUGUUACCAUACACAAUGCUGUUUAAUUUUCGUAUUCAAAGUGGUUUGAGUGUGAUUAAAACAACAGUCCAGAAGCCAGUUAUGAUGGAGAAAGUUAAAAGGGAAAGAAGCAACUGAAGACUGGAGUUGUCAGUAAUGACAUAACAGUAAUUAGAGAUUCACAUAACUGCCUUGCCUGGCUGUAACUGUUCCCCUCCGUUUUUAGAGGCACUACUAAAUACCGUUCCUGUUGGAUUUAAAACUAAAAUAACUCAAAAGAAAUUGUAAUUUAGAUGUGGAGGUGCUGAGGCCUGUAGGAAGUUGAGGCUGGGGAAGAGGCAACCAGAUCCUACUAUGCAGAGGAAGUUUUCUUGCUAAUUGUUUAAUCUUGUUGUUUUAUGAAGCCAUAUUUUGGCUUUUCUUUGCUUCUUUGGAGCUACUUUUGCACUGUCUGUGUUUGAAAUGGAGCCAAGUGCCAGCUGCAGUGCUGAAGGGUGUGUGCUAGUCAUCAAAGUCAGCAAAUGUUUGAGUUUUGUCCUUUUUUUGAACCCCAUUGAUGACUUUAAUUCUGUUAUAGGACAUUCCUAACAGACUUGUUUCUUCAGCAGCAUCUUCUGAUGGUUUAAGUUUUAAAAAACACCAAAUUUUAUGGAAAGCAUGACCAGCACACUGAGCCAAAAAUGUGAAUUGUUGGGUUUUUUUUUCCCCAAAGCCUGCACGUCGUUAUCAUUGGUGGGCUACUCAUAAAUAAAUAAAUAAAUGUUCUGUUCAGA